AUGGACUGCGAAGGCGAAAGUUCGAAGUCUUUAAUCGAUGAGCAGGAGGCCAUGGAAGCCGUUGUAAACUAUUUGUCGGAAGAAAUCAACGAGAUUGUGGAGUUAGAAGAGUGCGUUACCCAAGGAGUUAAUGAAUGUCUUCUUACUAAAAGCUUUCCAUGCGGCCUCUGUUCGAAGAUCUGCAAAUCAAAAGGUGGUCUUACUAAUCAUACAAGGGCCAAACAUGGUGAGAAAACACCGAUUAUCAAGUCAGUAUCGCCAAUAACAUCGGAUGUUGUUUGUGAAAUUGUUUGCAAAGCAGCGCAGUCCGUAAUAAAGUCGAAGUUGUAUGGCGAGAAAAUGACAAAAUUGAUUAGCGAAGCCGACCUAAAGCCAUCUGAUCUUCUCGUGAGUUCUUUGUUGACAUUGUAUGGCGGAUAUUGUGAAAAAUUAGACAGGGACAAACUCUUGAAAAACUUUUACAAGCUAAUACCAGAGUCUGCGAAGAUGUUCGAAACAAAAUCAAAAGAAAUGAACGUUCCUGCAUACAAUCUCAUUAUGAUCCACAUUCCUGAUUUAGUCGUUGGCUUUUACAAACGUGGAAAUGUUCAAGAAAAGCUUCCUGUCAUAAAGCCAAUUGAACAGUCCGAAUUUGGGCCAUUAUCGUACGUUGCUGGUUAUAUAAUUGCCAAAAUGUAUCGAAAAAGUAAAACCACUGCAGGGAAAGAAACUCCAGAACAAUUGGAACUUCAGUCAUUGUUAUCGAGCAUGAAGUCACUGGAUGACAACGAGUAUAUAUCGACUCUCUUUCUAGAGGAAAACUAUGGAAUCCUUGCGAGAAUCUAAUAUGUAUUGCUGCUGAAUGUGAAAAGGUAUUUCGGCAAUACAGUGCUGGUUUGGUGAGGGAAAUUCCUUUGGAACAAGUCAGAGCAGAUGUUUUGCAAAAGCCUAAAGUGAAAUCAGCUUGGGAUGCUAUUCUUUCUGAUGCAAGCUUGGCUAAAAGCAAAACAUCUGUUCCUGAUGUAUGUUUGGAGAACAUUAUUAUGCUGUAUAUCCGCGUGAGAUCCUUUUCUUACACAAAGGAUGUUGUCACCCAAAUCAAAUUAAAGGAGAAGAUAAAUUUGCACAAGAAGGCUUUAAGGAAAGCACUUAAGGAACAGUCUGAGGCUAAAGCUAAAAGUCUUUAA